UGCUGAACCCCAAGAGUCAGUGAGGGGGCGCGCGCGAGCGCGCACGGGGGAACAGCGACGUGGACGCGCGUGCGGCGGCGGCGCGCGGGGACGCGCGGCCGAGGAAAGGAGCGAGCAAGCGAAAGAGGCUGGCUGGCUGCUGUGCUGGAGACGGAGCUGGUAGGGCCCGGAGAAGCCAAGUCGCCUCUUCACUUUGGCCCUGCAUUGGGGGGCCAAAGUCGAGCAGGGAGGGGGCAGGUUGAUGCCCGCCGCACAGGAUGGAUCAGGCCUGCGAAGCGAGCAGGAGGGGCUGCCUGCCCCCUUUCGCCAGCCCUUUGGCGCUAGAUGCACCGGAGGAGAACGGGGGCAGCCCUUACGGGGGGGAGGGUCAGAGACAUAGCCCCGAGCCACCUAAUGGGUGCACCCUGCAGUUACCCACAGCAGCGUCCAAGGCUGCCUUUGGCCAGAACCCUUCCUCUUGCUACAUCCCGCUGCGCAGGCUGCAGGAUUUGGCCGCCAUGCUCAAUGCAAAAUAUUUGAAUGGCUCAAAAGAUGGCUCUGAUUGUUUGCAGGAACUGGGAAGGAGCGACUCCAGCCCGGAGCUCUGCAGCUCGUCAGUGUUAGCCGACCCAGAAGAUUUCACCCAGCAAGAUUCUGCAAGACUUCUGGAUUUUGGGAGUCUUUCGCCUUGUCUGGAGGAAGAGGAGGAGGAGGAGGAGGAGGAGGAUUCUGAAACUGCGUUCCUAACAGCAGAGGAAAACCCAGGAGAAGAAAUUAAGUUUAUGAUGGCAAGCAGAGCUACACCCAGCUGCAGUAAGGAGGCAGAGUCUGAAAAUGGGACAGAACUGAUCCACCUAGGAGGCUCUAUAGAAAUUAGACACAAUGAGACAAUUUCUGCCCUGUUGUCAACCCCCGUUCCUCCAGAGCAAAUACAAAGUAACACCUGCAAAGAGUCUGCUUUAGGACGUAGAACUGAGAAAGUAGACCUACACCCAGUGUCUUAUUUGCCUGGACAUACAGAUCUGAAAAAAGAAGAACAAUACAGCUUUACAAAGGUAUCUGAAAGAGAAGAUUCCAAUCAAAGUCCCGUCACAUUAGGAAACUUGAUAGAAAGGCUUGAAACAUCAAUUACUUCAAAACCAUCAACAACAGGAUUACCAUCUGGUCGAACUAAGAAGAAGCCUUCUCCAGUAAAAUAUGAAGCUGGAGAUCUUGUCUGGGCAAAGUUCAACAGACGUCCAUGGUGGCCCUGUAAAAUUUGUCAUGAUCCUGUGCUAGAUACACAUUCAAAAAUGAAAGUUUCCAAUCGCAGGCCAUAUCGGGAGUACUAUGUGGAAGCCUUGGGAGACCCAUCUGAAAGAGCCUGGGUUGUAGGAAAAGCUAUUGUAGUCUUUGAAGGAAGACAUCAAUUUGAAGAACUGCCUGUCCUUCGGAGAAGAGGGAAGCAAAAAGAGAAAGGUUACAGGCACAAGGUUCCUAAGAGAUUUGUGGCUAAAUGGGAGAUCAGUGUCGGACUUACAAGUGAAUAUCUUAAACAGAAUGGUACUCAAAAAUGCAUCCAGACUUCUAGCAAACUGGACAGUGAGAAGGAUGUGCAUUUAAUGGGAUCUUGUUCAAAGGACUCCUUAAAUGAACAGAGCAGGCAACUAAAUGGAUGUUUGAAAUCAUUACCAUUGGACUCUAAACAUUUGACUCACGAUAAGGGGAAGAUGUUUGUUAAAUCACGAAUAAAGAAGGGCUCUGAUACCAGAAGGAGGACUAGAGUCAGAAAAAGUAGCACCAAGCUGGAGCCAUCCAAGAGAGAGAGUGGAGGAAAAGUGAUAGUGAGCAAAGUUAAAAAUGUGAUCGCUGCAGAGCUGCCAGAUAAGCAGGCGUCUCAUGAACUUUGCAGAAUAGCAAAGAGCCUAAUGGGAUCCAAAGGCACCAUGGAAAACUACUUGCUCUCUUCUUUUGGAGAAAGACAAUUUGAAAAUAAAUCUAAGAAAACCGAGUAUGAGAUCUCUGAUAGGGACUGCCAGGAGGAGACACCCAAAGUAGACUUGAAGAAAAAGAAAGCCCAGGUGGACUUCAUGGGUAAUUCAAAGCUACAGCGGCACUAUUCUGCAGUUGAUGCUGGAGCUGAAAGGAAACCAAUGGACUCUGAUUCAUCAGAUAACGGGACCUGUGAUCUAGACUCCUUUGACCAAAGUAUAGCAGCGGCAACCUAUAGUGUCCUGAAAAAUUGUGACUCUGUAAAUAAAAGAGGAAAGGAACUGUCUUCAGGGCAAAGAAAUAUUAAACAUUCUGCAUGUGUCUCAAAAAGCAGCAGUAGAAGUCGCAAACCUCUGGAAGGCUCUCCAGAUAGGAAUGCCCGUGGUGAAGAAGCAGGAGGUGAGGAAUUCCACAAGCCAUCCCUUGCAGCUGAGGUGGCUUCAGCUUACAGGAAUGACAAUCUUACCGUUGUAGAUAAGCAUACUAAACUCCAAAGUAAGGGGUUUGCAAUUCAAGUGGAUACAAAACAGCCUCAGUCCAGAAGUAUAAAAUGCAAGCAUAAAGAAACUGCUGCUGUGACGAAGUCCUCCCUUAAGGAAGAUGAAUGUAGCCCUGACUGCUGCUUUUCUGCUACCAAAGGUUCUCCUGGGCCUGAGUUAGAGACACCUGCCAAAAGUGGGAAGGUUGAUGGCCCUGGGCUGCUGAACAGCACUAAUGAGAACUCCCGUGAUUCUGCUGAAAUAGAGACGGCAGUUGUGAAACAUGUGCUUUCAGAACUGAAGGAGUUGUCGUAUAGAUCCAUGAAUGAUGAAGCAAAAGACAGUGGGCCGCCUAAGACCACCGUGCCCUUACUCUUUUCAUCUGUCUCUGGGCAGAAUCAUUUGCCUAUUGAGCCCGAUUAUAAAUUCAGCACCUUAUUAAUGAUGUUGAAAGACAUGCAUGAUAGUAAAACGAAAGAGAAACAGAUCAUGACUACUCAGAACAUAGCCUCUUAUAGGAGUUCUAGCAGCGGCGAUAGUUCUGGAAGUAACACUCCGAGUGAUUUGACAUCUUUGCCUGCAAUGGGAACUACUCAUAAAUUAGAAAACAAACAAGAUAGUGUUCAAGAAGCACAGUGUCAGAAAUCCAAAGAAGGUCAGUCCUCUUUUUCACAUGGUAUCGCAACCAAGUUGAUCGAUCCCGGUGCUAACAAAAGGGAACUCACAAAUACUACUGUUUCUGGUACAAACUGCACCGCAAGGCGCAGCUGUCCAAAAUCUAAGCAGCUAUCCAAACUAGUAGCUAAUGCAACAUCAAAGAGCAAAUCACUAAACCGGUUAUCCAGUACAGCAGAGAGUGUGCCCCACCAGCAUAGAGCUACCCAAGGCUCAGUUGCUAGUCCUCUAGACAAUGCAAAGGAAGAUGUUGCGAGGAAAGUAUCUCGGGAGUUGAUGGGACACUCCCCUGCUGAAGACUCUGCAAGCUCCUCUGAUGGCAGUUUAGUCCGUAUAAGAAUGAAAUCAGAAUCUGAUAAAAAGAGGGAGAGCUACAGCUCCUUUGAAAAUGGGGAGUGCCUAGAGUUGGAUUCAGAACUGAAUAGAGAAGGCUCCUUGGGUGAUGAGCCUAAAGAUGUAAGCCACGUAGCACCCAAAAAGCGAUGGCAGCAUUUUAACCAAAGCAAUGCUAAAGCUGUUGCACAUUCAGAGAAGAAACGCCUUAGAAAGCCAAGUAAGCGGCUUCUGGAAUAUGCAGAAGAAUAUGAUCACAUAUUUGCACCUAAGAAAAAAAAGAGGAGCCAGGAACCAUUUCGGAAGGCAAGUUGUGUAGAGAAGUCUGAAACCAAACAGGAUUGCAGCAAUGACAAGCAAGCCCAUAAUAAACUUCUAGAAAAUAAGCCUUUGGAUUCCGUUUCAUUGGCUUCUUCAUCUAAAGAAUCUCCUCCAAUCCUUGAAGCUGAGCGUUCACUGUCAGAUGAACCCGACUCUCUUUCCAUGGAACCAAGAUCUGAAAUGCCAGUUUUGACAUUGUCUUCACCAAGUGUGUUGGAAACUGCUACUGCUUCUCAUACACAGGGAGAGGAACAAUUAAAGAAAUCAGGGAGCUUUGAGAGCAAACGCCAGAGGAAACCAACUAAAAAGCUCUUAGAAUCCAAUGAUUUGGAUACUACAUUUAUACCAAAGAGGGAAUGGACUUCCACAAAGAAGUGUUCCGAGGCUGGUCCUUUGGAUACUGAAAUGUCUGAGUUUUAUUCCACAUCUCAGCUUCUGGACACUGGUGAAGCUGCUGAAAAGGUACCUGGGAAACAGAGAAGGCGAAAGCGGCAGCGGCGCACUCUUGCUGCAGCUCCAUAUAAAAAAGAAAAGGGUGAAGAUGUACUGAGAGAAACGUCAAACUCUGAGGGAGAUAGAACUACUCAUGGGACAGCUGGAAGCCCCAAGGAUACUACAGAGGAAGGGUCUGAGAAUGACCCUGGAGUGCCUUCAUCCAAAAGGAUGCAGGGAGAGCGAGGAGGAGGAGCCGCCCUCAAGGAGAAUGUGUGUCAGAUCUGUGAAAAGCCAGGUGAAUUGUUGCUGUGUGAAGCUCAGUGCUGUGGUGCGUUUCACCUACAGUGCCUUGGGCUCUCAGAAAUGCCGAAGGGCAAGUUUAUCUGCACGGAGUGCUCCACAGGGCUGCACACGUGUUUUGUAUGCAAGAACAGUGGAGAAAAUGUGAAGCGUUGCUUGCUCCCUUUGUGUGGGAAGUACUAUCACGAAGAGUGUAUACAGAAGUACCCCCCCACAGUCAUGCAGAACAAGGGCUUUCGUUGCUCACUGCACAUCUGUAUGACUUGCCACGCAGCUAACCCCGCAAAUAUCUCUGCAUCUAAAGGUCGCUUGAUGCGUUGUGUCCGAUGCCCGGUUGCAUACCAUUCAAAUGAUUUCUGCCUCGCUGCUGGAACGGUGAUCCUUGCUUCCAACAGCAUGAUCUGCCCCAACCAUUUUACCCCUCGAAGGGGCUGCAGAAACCAUGAGCAUGUAAAUGUCAGCUGGUGCUUCGUUUGUUCAGAAGGUGGUAGCCUUUUGUGCUGUGAAUCGUGCCCUGCCGCAUUCCACCGGGAGUGCCUGAACAUUGACAUGCCGGAAGGGAGCUGGUACUGCAAUGACUGCAAGGCUGGCAAGAAACCCCAUUAUAAGGAGGUGGUCUGGGUGAAGGUGGGCCGUUACAGGUGGUGGCCGGCUGAGAUUUGCCACCCUAGGACCAUUCCUAUCAACAUCCAGAAGAUGAAGCAUGUCAUUGGUGAAUUUCCGGUGCUUUUUUUUGGAUCAAAUGAUUACCUUUGGACCCACCAGGCUCGAGUCUUUCCCUAUAUGGAAGGAGAUGUGAGCAGCAAGGACAAGAUGGCAAAGGGAGUUGAUGGCAUUUACAAGAAGGCUCUGCAGGAAGCUGCUGUGAGAUUUGAAGAGCUAAAAGCGCAGAAGGAACUGAGGCAGCUGCAAGAAGACAAAAAGAACGAUAAGAAGCCCCCGCCUUACAAACAUAUCAAGGUAAACCGUCCCAUCGGCAAAGUGCAGAUCUUUACUGCAGAUCUCUCUGAGAUACCACGUUGCAACUGCAAGCCUGCAGAUGAAAACCCUUGUGGCCUGGACUCUGAGUGUAUUAAUCGCAUGCUGCUGUAUGAGUGUCACCCUGCAGUCUGCCCAGCUGGGGAACGCUGCCAAAACCAGUGUUUCACCAAGAGACAGUAUCCUGAAGUGGAAAUCUUCCGCACACUAGCACGAGGCUGGGGAUUACAAGCUAAAAGGGAUAUUAAAAAGGGUGAGUUUGUGAAUGAAUAUGUAGGAGAACUCAUAGAUGAGGAGGAAUGUCGGGCCAGAAUCCGCCACGCUCAAGAGCAUGAUAUUACCAACUUUUACAUGCUGACUUUGGACAAGGAUCGAAUCAUUGAUGCUGGGCCAAAGGGUAAUUAUGCUCGCUUUAUGAACCAUUGCUGCCAGCCAAACUGUGAGACUCAGAAGUGGUCAGUGAAUGGAGAUACUCGGGUUGGACUUUUCGCCCUUACUGCUAUCAAAGCAGGAACGGAGCUGACUUUCAACUACAACUUGGAGUGUUUGGGGAACGGGAAGACAGUUUGCAAAUGUGGUGCCCCAAACUGCAGUGGCUUCCUUGGAGUACGGCCAAAGAACCAGCCACCUGCCACAGAAGAGAAAUCCAAGAAAUUCAAGAGGCGUCAUGGGAAGCGCAAGUCACAGGCAGAAAUCAUGAAGGAGCGAGAGGAUGAAUGUUUCAGCUGUGGGGAUGGCGGCCAGCUCGUUUCCUGUAAAAGGCCAGGCUGUCCCAAAGUGUACCAUGCUGACUGUCUCAAUCUGACCAGGCGGCCUGCAGGGAAGUGGGAGUGUCCUUGGCAUCAGUGUGACAUGUGUAACAAAGAAGCGGCUUCCUUCUGCGAGAUGUGUCCCAGGUCCUUCUGCAAGCAGCAUCGAGAAGGCAUGCUGUUCAUCUCCAAAUUGGAUGGACGCCUGUCAUGCACAGAACAUGAUCCCUGUGGACCUCACCCUCUAGAGCCAGGAGAGAUUCGUGAGUAUGCGCCUCCCACAGAAUCAGCAGCUGGCUGCCAAAACACUCAGCCAUCAGACCAGCAGCCGGCGGCUACAGGCCCGAAAUCUCAGCCAUCAGAGAGGCUACCUCUGACUGUGGCCCUGAGGCUGCAACCCUCAGAUAAACCGCCUUCUUCUUCGUUGGCUCUGAGGCUAAAGUCCUCAGACAAGCCACCUUCCUCUGUCGCACUGAAGCUACAGUCCUCAGAUAAAUCACCCUCCACAGUGGCACUGAGGCUACAACCAUCAGAGAAACUGCCCUCCACCCUAGCCCUGAGUUUAAAACCCUCUGACAAAUUGCCCUCCACCCUGUCCCUGAGGCUAAAGCCCUCAGACAAAUUGUCCUCAGCCCUUGCCCUUCGGUUGCAGUCAUCAGACAAGCCACUCUCCGCCGUGGCUCUUAGGGUACAUCCCUCAGAAAAAUCUCCCUCCGCUGUGGCCCUGAGGUUACAGCCCUCUGAAAAACUAGCCUCCACUCUUGCUCAGAAGUUGCAACCCUCAGAAAAGCUAUCCGCCACUGUAGCUCGUGAGCUACAGCCCUCUGACAAGCUGCCUGCCACAGAGGCAUCUGGACCUCAGCACAAGCUGCCUGCCACAGAGGCAUCAGGACCUCAGACAACAGACCAAAGUGCUGCUGUGGAAAUGCCAGAGCCUGAGGGGCCAGACGUGCCAUCUUCUGCAAACACUCCUAAGUCUCAGGCGUUAGAUGAGCUACCUGCCGCAGAGACACCAAAGGUCCCGGUGUUGGACAAGCUUGCAGAGCCUGAGUCUCUGAGGCCUCAGCCACUGGAUAGGGCCAUUUCUGUUGGCCCACUGCUUCAGCCUUCAGGAAAGUCUGUGGCUUCCCUGAGUCUCAGGCCUCAGCCUUUGGCCAGGCCAGUCACCCCCAUAGUCCUGAGGUCUAAACCAUCAGAGAAGCCAGUUACUCCUGUGGGCUCAUGGCCUCAAACCCCCAAUAGGCUUCCUACCCCAGUGGAUGCUCGCCCUGUGCCAUCAGACAAGCCUUCUACCACCACAGGCCUGAGGUCACAGCUAUCAGACCGGCUUCCUGCCCCACUAAAUCCAAGGCCUUUGCUUUCAGAGAAAGCACUGAGGCCUGUUGACCAGAAUGCUCAGCCAAAAGAAAGAGGCUCUGUGACUGUGGAACAGAAUCCUCAGCAGAAAGAACGGACAUCUGUGUCUGGUGAGCAGUCUUGUAGACCUACAGGGAAAUUUUCAACAUAUGUGGGACAAACAGGCUGCCCCCUAGAGAACUUGCAAAUGCACGAAAAGACCUCUUGGCUUAGUGCAAAAGGGCUGCCAUCUGUGGAGCAAUCACUCUGGACAGCUGAGAAACGGCAGUCUCCUGAGCACAGUCUUUGUCCAGGCCAAGAAGCGGCGCCUGCACCCUCCACGGAGCAGGCAUUUUGGUCAACAGAAAGAUUGUGUGCAUUCGAACAGCCCCCUUGGCCUGGAAGGGAAGCUCCACUGCCUUCUGGGCAAACGUCGUGGCUGAACAGAAACAUUCAGACAUUGGAGCAGAUCUCUUGGCUCUCUGGGAAAGCACAAACACCUGUGGGGCAGGACAUUUUGCCUUUGUCUGAACAAAAUGCGGUGCUAGUACUGAACCAGGAUUCUCCUGGCCACGAACCUACUGAGUCUAAACCUAAGUGAAGCCAGUUUGAGGCCAGACGGGUCACCAUAUUUGUUUUGUUUGUUUUUUAAAUUGUAUGGGGAAAGGUAUUUUCUUUUUGGGUUUUUUUUAAAAAAUCACUUCCCCAGAUCCUUAACCUUCAACAACAACCCACCCAACCUAUACAGGUACACUUGCCUAAAUCUGGAUGAUGCCCAACCAAGGAGCAAGAAUGUAGACGGUCUGUUCCUUCUUCAUUUUGCAAACAAUAAAGCUAAAAUAAAGGAAUCCACUGUGGAUAAAAUCUCUAAUUCCAUUGAAAUAAUCAAAUUACUAAUCUUGAAUUUCUGAGUGACAGACCUGCAUUAAUGGUGUGUUUCCUAGAUUUAUCCCAACAUAGUUCCAAAGACAUAGAUGCAGCCAGCUAAUUUCCACUGGCACUUCAUUUUUCCAAAACAUUUAACUUAUGAAAUCAGUUCUUGGGAGAAGGGAAGGGACUUGACGUUUUUUUCUCCCUAAUUCUCAUUCCUCACAGUUCUGCUUUAGAAUUGUUUGCUUGAGAAUAUGCCGCCAGGGCAGAGCUUGGCAAAUAUAGGUGCUUUUGGGGGGUAUGUGGAAAUGUUACUUGAAGUUAGAUGAGAAGUCCAGUUCUGCUGGAGAGAACCAUUAACUCGUCUGUGAACACCUGAGGUCUUCUGACAGGCCUUGCACUUGGAGGUGGGGAUAAAAGAAAUUCAAAGAUACCAUCUACCAGCAUUCUUAUUUUGGGACUUAGAUCUUUAGUGCAGUGCAGUCAGAGCUCCCAUUUCCACAGAAUUUUGACCACUAAGAGCAACCGGAGGUUAGAGAAAUGAGUAAAUAUCUCUACUGGAUUUUGCAGUGCAUCAUUGCUGUUUCUUAACAUUUUUUGUCCACCCAGUCUCUUUACAGCCACAAUUAUCAGUCAUUGUGGACUGAUGAACCUAACAUUACCCUUUUCCAUUGCAAACAUGGUCUUAGAUAUAAUGUUUACAUUGUUUGCAGUAGUCAUAGCAACUUUGGUGCGUUCAUCUGGCUAAAAGAUAGCCUAAUUCAAAAGAUGGAACAGAACUGAUAGCCCAUUAGAAAAUAUAUGUGUCCAAGAUGGAAAGUAUAUUGUUAAUGUUACCUGAUUAGUCUCUGGCAUAAUGCAUCUCUUGUAUUACCCAAAAAAAGACUGGAAGAUGACUUGAACUUAACUGGGCUACACUGAGGAGUCUCUGCAUGUCAGAAACAGAGGUAGUUGAGGUCAUAGUUCUCACACUGGAACACAAAGGGCUCCAGCAUCUGGCUGAGAUCAAUGUUCUUUUUCUUCAUCUCCGUUUUAUGGUCAGUGCAACAUUUCAUGCCUGCUGGACUGCCAGGUUUGUAUUCUGUAUAAAUCUGGUGGAAACAUUUAAUGUUGCCUAACCAGACAAAAAUGUUACCUGCAGACUGAAAUGCAGCUUGCUAUGAUACUGAUCAGGUAUCACUCUAGAAUUAUCACUAGGGGAUCAGAGAAAAGUUACUACUUGGGCCUGAAAAUGGCUAUGUUUCUGCUGAUCUUGGAUGUCGUAGAGACAGGCAGGCAUACCAUGCAGGUAUUUCACAUGGUGGUUUCCGUUCAACACUAGGAUGUCAGGAAGCAGCUUGACCAUCACCUCACUGCCCCCCCCCGCCCCGCCCCUCCUAUGAACAUUUGCCUCCUUUAGAUUAUACUUGACUGCACAGCUGAAGUCACACAGUCUGUCAUGCUCCAGCUUCAAGCAGCAAUCUUUUGGCCAGCUCCUGUUUUGUCCUCUGUAGAUUUCCAGGUUUUUUUGCACAGAGCAGCGAGUCCUAGUUCUAUCCCCACCCAGAUCCUCUCACCUUGGAACAUGUAAUGCUGGGGUUUUCAGAUCUUAUAGGCAAUUACUACCAGUAUUACAAUUUAUACAUUCAAAUUCUGAUCCGUAACGUUUUCCAAUGUUGACUUUCCACAAUGACGGUACCUGCUUGGCACUGCAAAAUAUUCCCUUCGCAGUUGUGCAUCUCAUCCUCUCCUUUGAAUCAUUUCACCCUCUCCAAGUACAACUAGUGACUUUGUAAAAGCUUUAUGGCCAAUGGAAUCUUAGUGCUUAAAGUUGGUUUUCCUUGAAGACCUGCAGGCCGAGGGCUGCUCAUUGCUGAAAAUGGGGAGAUUCAAACACCUUUUGUUCCUGCGUGAUUCCUGAACAAAAGAAAAGGAAACAGGACAAUUCUUCUGAAUAAUUGAGACAGAAACAAGAAGCCAAGGGUGUUUUACUAAAACUAAAACAUUCUU